UUGACAAGAUACACUUGCUGAUUAAAAAGUAUAAGGAAAAGCUGUACAUUCACCUUAUUUCAGGUGUAAUUUAUUUCAAAAACUGAUCUUAUCAGUACUUAAUGUUGUAAGGAGUAUGUAUGAGUACUAUUAGCUGCAUACUUUUUGUUUUUGUGGCCGCAACAGCGGCGAAGUCGGAGGGCCAAGAAUCUGGUUUCUUGAAGAGGUUGGGGUUUCCCCAAACCAAGCCUGCAGCCAGAUCUCACUACAGCAACAAGAUUGGCAGGAUGGGAGAUAGAGAUGAAGGCUUCGAACCAGCUUUCCGGCUGCGGAGUCCGCUUACAAGAGCGAUGUACAACAGAAUUAACAAUGAUGAGCGGCAUAGGGAAUCCAAUCAUACUUUUUGGUAUAAGGUUAACAAGGCCAGCCUUUCUGAGGAGUUGUGUCUAAAAUUUCACCAGAGUCACCAAGAUGAAGGAACGACAAAAUUCCUUGAGAACUGUUUUGAGAAAUCUGAUUGGCUCUUCACUCAAAUAUGGCAGAGUCUAGUCAAAUCUGUCCUCACUUGGUUCAUGACGGUGACAUCGGUCAACGGGUAUCUUGGGCGUGGCUCAAUGUUUGUCUUCUCCAAACAACAGUUCAAUACACUGAUGAAGAUAGGACCGGACUGGACCGCAGACAACCUUCUUGAUCUUGGUGCUGGUGAUGGUGUGGUAACCGAAAACUUUGCUGGUCAUUUCAAGAAUGUCUACACCACUGAGGUGUCUCAACCAAUGGUAGAUCGCCUCAAAAGUAGAGGUUACGAGGUGCUAGGUAUUGAAGAGUGGAAUGAGAAUUCAGUGGCGUAUGACGUCAUCACGUGUCUUAACGUCCUAGACCGCUGUGACCAUCCGGUGACGAUGCUCAUGGACAUGUUACGAGUUCUCAAACCAGAUGGACGCAUCAUUAUAGCUGUGGUUCUGCCGUUUUCUCCUUAUGUUGAAAAAGGUUCAAAUGGAAACAAGCCUUCAGAAAACCUGCCAAUCUCAGGAAACACGUUCGAAGAACAAGCUUCCAGCAUUGUGCGUGACGUUUUCCAGCCCGCUGGACUAGAGCUCGUCUCUUUCACUCGACUGCCAUACUUAUGCGAAGGAGACAUCAACCAUUCAUUCUAUAUUCUCAACGAUGCUGUAUUCGUUUUAAAACCAUUAUUUGGUUCUUAGUGACAGAAAGUUUAAUAUAUUAUUAUGAUAUCAACUUUUGCCUAUUUGUUUUUGUUCAGUAGGUCCAUCUAAGCUACUAGGAUGGCAUCCUCUUGGAACAAGAUCUAUGCAAGGUGCUCCUCCUGUCUAGAGUCCAGAACCAGUAGGCUCUAGUUUCAGCAGGAAUAUCCACUUAAAAAUGUUGUACACCUUCACUUAGAUGAGGGAGGAGCUUUUGUCAAUGUGUGUGAGGGGAGGUCU